GUUAGAAGCUUAGCCUAGUUAAUUUACACUUGUAAUAAUACGAUUGAACAUAGAAAAAUACUUUAUUGUGGAACUUGGCAGUUGAUCAUGAAACAUAUCACAGUAUUAUGGAUAUACGGAAACUUAUAACAGUUAUAUGUACACUCACUCAGCAAGGUGAUUAGACAGUAAUUGAUGUCAGUUGGUGCAAUUUGAUGUCAGUUGAUGUAUAUCAGUGUCAGUUGAUGUAACACACAUUAUCAGCAGCAACUAAAUCAUAGGAUACCACAAUUCAAUAUUGGAGACCAUAAUGUUGCACAGGAAACCAUAAUUUAAUAGUAAGGUCACAUGGGACACCGAUUCAACACAUGAGUUCCUGAUAUAUCAUUUGAUCGCAACUCAUAAUAUAAGAGACUAUUGCUGGAAGUGUAAUCCUGACAUAUCGCCAUAGCAAUGCAGCCGACAACCAAUAUGGAGAAUGGCUGUGUGUUUGGGCUGCCAAAAGGCGUCCUGAGUAUUCUAGCGAACAUGGAACGUCACAAAGAUAACAUAAAAUGGAACAUUACUGACAGUAGCCAGAAUAGUUUCACACUGUCGCUGACGUGGCGGUUCAAGCGGAACAAGACAAUGAAAUGGGGGAUGUGGUUCAAGUUACCACCCACCAUUGAGGAGCUAGAUCAGAAGCUGAACAAUAAACAGGAUUUCAUAAUUCCUGAUCAAAAUGAUGGUGGCAUCUUACCCGAUCAAAUCCCUGGUAUUACGGUACCUAAUGAUCGCCCAUAUAUGGGCAAUGGACACAUCAACAAUCAUCAUAUGCCUAUGGGUCCCCCUGAUGUUGUGAAUAUGACAAAACCAACCACUGCCACAAUCGGCACACAGACUAAUAUAACACUUCAUGUGCCAUUGACCAAUCAGGAGUCAGAACCGCAACAACCCAGUAGCCAACCUGAUAUGAUCUCAGUAUCAACUCAAGCCAAUGUUCCCCUACGCAAAGAAACAAUUUCAUAUGUCGAUAAUUACGACACCAAACUUUCGCGAAGCAUGUCAUUUCGAAAUAAACCAGACAUUGACAAGCCUAAAGACAAAGCUUCAAAAAUGAUUCGCUCACAAAGUUUUCGGAACAAUUUCAAACUGCUUCAAUGGAUUAUGCCAAGUCCCCAUAAUAAAUCUGAUAGGUCACCUAGUCGCCUUAGCAACCAGAGUAUCCAAUCAGAUUCAGAGAUAGCAUUCAGGUCACCAUCAAAAUCACGCAGUCCUUAUGAUGAUCAAUACUGGUCACCUGGUUACAGUGAACGGGAUCGCAUUAGAUCUAGUAGCAGUUCAAGUGUACACAGUAUGCCAGUAGGGCGUACCCCCACCCCAGGGCGAACCCCUACCCCCAGAGGAAAACCCCUACCCAAUUAUCACAGCCUCCGUCCCACAUCAUCGGCAAGCAGCUUAAAACAAAAACAUAAAUCUAACUAUAACACAUCUCAUAUUAGACCUCGGUCUGCGACACCUACCCCAGGCCACAGGAGGCAUAAAUCAUGGGGAGAAAAUAAUCAGGAGUUCACCCCCAGUGCCAUGCAGGAUCUCUCAAGAAUAUCAGUACCUUUGGAUAACCCCAGGGGGGUGACUCCUAACUCAGAGGUAUGUACCCCAGAAGCGUGGGGAUCAACCCCUCACUCUAGGGGGAACUCCAAAACUCCGAACUCAACAAGGAAAUCCCAUAAUGACAACCCAAUAGACAAGGAAGAUAAACUAUACUCAUAUCCACGAAGCCCCGUGCCAGGACGUGUCCCUAAGAACAAACGUGUCUCUCCCCCACAUGAGAUACCACCAAUACCACCCCUACCCCCAAAUUUCAAACUAGAUGACGAUCGAUCAUAUCUCUCAGACUCUACAGAGUCAAUAGUCGACCUCAAGGAUGGUACGAGACAUCGGCGAAAAAAAAUUAACGUUGGGAAGUGUAUCCAAGCAUGCGAUGGCAUUCUAUCAUCUGAUGUAUAAUUACGACCAAUAACAGUAUUUUUAAUGAAAAAUUCAGUAUUUAUUUCCAAUAUUUGGAAUUUUUAAUCAUCCUUUAGUAAUACAUGGGGCCUCAAAACAAAAUACAAGAUUUAUUUCUAAACACAAAGUUGUUUUCAUUGAGAUAAGUUAAUAUAAUGCCCCUCAAAUGAUGUUAUUAUAAAGGCCAAGAUAUGAAAAACAUGAGAUUGGGACUUAGGGCUUAAAUUCAUGUUUUGUAACGUGUAAAUAGAUUUGUAUUAAAGGUGUGUUAUAUUGUUAAUAAUUUCUAUCCUGUUUUUAAUUUGUGUUCAUAAGAAAACAUAUUUUAAGAAUUACCUGGCAUUAAACUAAGGAUUACAUUUAAUGAUUAGUGAUUAUAUGAACAUAAAAGGUUAUAAUGAAUAAAAUAAUUUUAUGUCAGCUGUUUAUUUGUGUUAAUUUAAGGGUAGUGUUCACGAAGGGAAGUGUCCAAUUGAGAGUUGAGUUAAUAUCAGAAUUUUUGCAAGGGCCAAUUAAUGACACCAUAUGAUGAAAAUAUAAGAAGAUAUGCAUUCUAUUUCAUAAAGUACUCCUGCACGUAUAUACAGCAUUACAUUUGACUAACAUAUAGCUUACAAAUUGUGUGGGUAUAAAAGGUAAAAUGAUUUUAUCUUGAGUGAAUAUGUUAGUUUUAUGUGGCUUGCUUUAUAAAGAUCAUGCCAAAUGAAUAGCAGGUUAAUUUGAGCCUCUAAUAAAAUAAACAU